CCACCGAUCCCCACCACCACCACCACCCCGACGGCUCGACCCUACGACCGUGGCCGCAGUCUGCAGCGAGCUCCGGCGCCCUCCCUCCCCUAGGUAUCCCCGUCGAUCGGCGGCCGCCUCCCCCGGCUACGAUCGCCGCCGCUCCGACGACCACCGGCGUGGUCCGGCGACCAACUCCGGCAUCCCUUCGGCAAAUGUGGUGAUGGACCGACCACAAGAUCCUUUCAACUCACGAGGUAUCAUGACAUGUACUCCACCUUCCAGGGAUUGCAGUUCCCCCUGCAGUCAAGAUGAGGAACAUGGCUGGAAACAACAGUCCAUGGAUAGACCCUCUGCCACCACCGAUGAAUGCGCGCAAUGGGCUGGCAAAUGCCAGCCUCUUCUCCACCUCUUUGCCAGUCCUUCCUCAUGAAAAAAUCAACUUUCUUGAUUCUGCACGUGGCACCCCAUUGAUGGAUGAUGCUUCUGCAAAACUAAAAGAGCUCGAUGAUGACCCUGAAGGGAAGGACUACAAGUUUGACUUUGAUCUCCGCCAAAUCGAUGAUUUAUUGCCUAAUGAAGAUGAUCUUUUCGCGGGUAUCACAAAUGAGAUUGAGCCUGCUGGGCAGACAAAUUCUAUGGAAGAACUGGAGGAAUUUGAUGUAUUUGGCAGUGGAGGGGGCAUGGAGCUGGACACAGACCCUGUGGAGAGCAUCACAGCUGGUUUGGGGAAUACAAGUAUAGCUGAUGGGCUUAGAGGCAAUGGGGUCAACCAUUUUGGUCCGUCAAAUAGUGCCAGCACUGUGGCCGGGGAGCAUCCAUACGGGGAGCACCCUUCUAGAACAUUGUUUGUGAGGAACAUCAAUAGCAAUGUUGACGACACAGAAUUGCGCUCACUUUUUGAGCAAUAUGGGGAUAUCCGAACACUUUAUACUGCAACGAAACAUAGAGGUUUUGUGAUGAUAUCUUAUUUUGAUAUCCGAGCUGCACGUGGUGCGAUGCGUGGAUUGCAGAACAAGCCUCUGAGGAGGAGAAAGUUGGACAUUCAUUUCUCCAUCCCGAAGGAGAAUCCAUCAGAUAAAGAUUUAAACCAGGGAACUCUGGUUAUUUUUAACUUGGAUCCCUCAGUUUCCAAUGAAGAAGUUCGCCAGAUUUUUGGAACAUAUGGGGAAGUAAAGGAGAUAAGAGAGACACCAAAUAAAAAGCAUCAUAAGUUUAUUGAGUUCUAUGAUGUAAGAGCAGCAGAAGCUGCUCUUCGGUCACUGAAUAAAAGCGAGAUAGCUGGAAAACGCAUAAAGUUGGAACCAAGUCGUCCUGGUGGAACGCGCAGAAACUUGAUGCAGCAGCUUGGUCAUGAUAUAGACCAGGAUGAACCCAGAAGCUACAGGAUUCCUCAUGUUGGUUCACCUAUUGCCAGCUCUCCUCCAGGGGCAUGGGCUCAAUACAGUAGUCCAACUGAUAACAAUUUGUUGCAAGCAUUCAAUGCGUCACCAACUGGAAAUGGCAUGAGUCCUAUUGGGAUGCCUCCUUCCUUGAUAUCGAAUGCUGUGAAGAUUGCUCCAAUCGGGAAGGAUAGCAACUGGUCUAAAUAUGACAAAGUAUUCUCAAACAACAACCAGCCCCACGGUGCUGCAUUUCAGCAUUCCCAUUCAUACCAAGAUCACAAAAGUGAACAUAUGAGUUCAAGUCCUGGGACUUUAACAGGGCCUGAGUUUCUAUGGGGUAGUCCAAAGCCUUAUUCUGAACAUGCUCAAUCCCCUAUUUGGCGUCCACCAGCAAUUGGUCAUGCAAUACCAUCUAAUACCCGUUCUCAGGGGCAGGGAUUAUUGUAUGGUGGCCGUCAGGCUUCACUUUUUGGGUCUCAAGAUCAGCUUCAUCAUCAUCAUGUUGGCUCUGCCCCUUCAGGUGCUCCAUUUGAGAGCCACUUUGGAUUUUUACCUGAAUCACCAGAGACGUCUUAUAUGAAUCAAGUCAGGUUUGGGAACAUUGGGAAUAUUGGUAGUGGCCGAAACGGAACUGGCCUCAUGCUGAACAUGGCUGCUCGUGCUUCUGUAAACCCUGUUUCUGCUUUGAGUGGAAACAUGUCAGACAAUAACUCUAGUAGCUUUAGACCAAUACUAUCACCUAGAUUGGGACAAUCAUUUUACGGGAAUCCCACAUAUCAAGGGCCUGGUUCUUUUGGACUUGACAAUUCCAUCGAACGUGGUCGUAACCGCCGAGUUGACAGCAGUGUGUUUCAAGCUGAUAGCAAGAAGCAAUACCAGCUUGAUUUGGAGAAGAUCCGUAAAGGCGAUGAUACUCGAACUACAUUGAUGAUUAAAAAUAUUCCGAACAAGUACACUUCUAAGAUGCUGCUGGCUGCAAUUGAUGAGUUUCAUAAAGGAACCUAUGACUUUUUCUACCUGCCAAUUGAUUUCAAGAACAAAUGCAAUGUUGGCUACGCGUUCAUUAACAUGAUAUCACCUGUGCACAUUGUAUCGUUCUACCAGGCGUUCAAUGGCAAGAAAUGGGAAAAAUUCAACAGUGAGAAAGUAGCCUCCUUGGCCUACGCUAGGAUCCAGGGAAGGACUGCACUCAUUUCACAUUUCCAGAAUUCAAGUUUAAUGAACGAGGAUAAGAGAUGCCGCCCCAUUCUUUUUCAUUCUAAUGGGCCAGAUGCUGGAAAUCAGGAACCAUUUCCCAUCAACGGCAUAUGUAUCCAUAUGCCACUGGAAGAUGGAGCAAUUGCAACAGGGGAUCCCUUUGGAAAUGAAGAGGACAACAAUCAGAACGAGAGGACAGCAGGAGAAGAGUUAUGACCAUUGCUUUGGAGUCGCCGAUAAAUCUUAACUGCCUAGAGAAGAGUUUUCCUUCCCAAAGUGUAUAGAAGUGAGAAAGAUUGGUUAGCUGCGAAAGUUUGUGGUGUGGCAUGGCGCAUCUACUAGUUUUUUUUGUGGCAAACGAUGUCGCCCCCUGAAGAACAAAAAAGUGACUUGGAGUUGAGAGUUGGGAGUCUGCUAGGUCUCUCUCUCCAUGUCUUCCUUUCAAGUUUCAACCCCCUCUGUACAGAUAGAUGUCGGGAGUUGAUAAUUGGUCGCAUUUGAUUUGGUGUAAAAAGAGAGUGGUACCGGUCAAACUGUACAGUUUUAAACAUUUUAAUCCUCUAUGUUUUAGGAGACUUGUUAACUCUAUGUUUUAUCCUGUGUGAACUGAGACUCCAAA